GCAGCUCCCCCAGGCGGCGGGAACGAGCGGAGACAGAGUGCCGAGUGACCGGGAGUGACCGGCAGUGACCGCAGGGACCGGGCCCGCCGCGCCCCCACCCCCGGCAGCACCGACAUGUCCACAGCCAUGAACUUCAGCAGCAAGAGCUUCACGCCGCGGCCGCCAGACAAGGGCGCGUUCCCGCUGGAUCACUUCGGGGAGUGCAGCGCCUUCAAGGAGCGGUUCAUGGAGUGUCUCCGGCAGAGCGGCUACGAGAGCGCGGCGUGCCGGCCGAGCGCCCUGGCGUACCUGGAGUGCCGCAUGGACAGGCAACUUAUGGCUAAUGAACCACUGGAAAAAUUGGGAUUUAAAGACCUCAUAAAUGAGAAAUCAGAAGAAAAACCUAAGAAGCCAUGAUGAAGACAGACAACUUUGUCUCUCAUGAAGGGAAAGCAUAACUCUGAAUGUAGUACAUAUUGUACAUUUUGUUCAUAUUGCAAUAGGAAGUGUUUCCUGAAAGAACCUUUUUUUCCAAAGUUUAAUUGUCCUAAAAUAAGAUUUUUCUUUAAAUGAACAAAAGUACUGCCUUUGUCUGCUUUGCUCAAGUAUUUCUUAACUUCUUUGUUUUAAUUUCUCUAGAGGCAAAACAGUUACAGCCAAAGUGUUCUCCCUGUCUCUGUAAGAACAGUGAAGUCUUGUUUUAAGGGGACAAAAACCCAAACCAAACAAUCCUUUAUUGUGUAGCUCUUGAACUACUGAUUAAUCUUUUGUGGGCAGUACUGAUAUGCUCACUGCAGUACUUCCCAGGUGGAAAUAAAGCUGUUGUACUUUAAAA